AUGCUUCGACAUCGCCAUUUCAUCUGUUUUGCCGGUCUGACACCGAAGCCCCUGUCGCUGAGUGCAGAGGCAGCGCGACGGACUGUGUCGACUCGGCAGGCGGAGCGCAUACGACGGUCAUCAACGAUACCAACGGCAGGAGGCACCGCUACCUCCCACGCUCCACCUAGCAGCAGAGGCGGAGGUAACUGCGUUACGAGACAUUCGGCUCCGCGAUCCACGAAGCUGCCGACCUCAUCGACUAGGGCCUCUGCCACGUCAACCACUGCGAAGUCGGCAGCUUCCUCCGGGCGUGCAAAGCCUCUGCCGAGCCGCUUUUAUCGACUCGUAGUGCAGCGGGGCCCUUUUGUGGCCCUCUACCACUACCUACUGGGGGAGACCAUCAAUUUUUUCGUGACAUACCUCCUCCACUCGCACCGCUUAGGGGUUGGCGACAUCGGUAGCUGGCUUGGCGCCGCUGGCGUCCCGGUGGAUGGUUUUUUGAACGUUGGCCCAACCGUGUACGGACUGCAGCUGUCACCUCGACUCGUGCUGAAUUACCUUGUCGUGAAUGCCUGCAUGUAUCCACUGAUACCACUGCAGCUGCAUUUCUGCGUUGCGACAGCACCGACUCUGCGCGCCCCAUUUCGGGUGAUGGGACGACUCCUGGGAGUCUCGAAGAAGGCCACUAUACCGAAGGCGCCGUCCGCGACACCGUCUUGA